CUUUCCCACUGUCACAAUGUACUACAGCUUUCCCAUUGUCACGAUGUACUACAGCUUUCCCACUGUCACAAUGUACUACAGCUUUCCCACUGUCACAAUGUACUACAGCUUUCCCACUGUCACAAUGUACUACAGAUUUCCCACUGUCACAAUGUACUACAGCUUUCCCACUGUCACGAUGUACUACAGCUUUCCCACUGUCACAAUGUACUACAGCUUUCCCACUGUCACAAUGUACUACAGCUUUCCCACUGUCACAAUGUACUACAGCUUUCCCACUGUCACAAUGUACUACAGCUUUCCCACUGUCAAAAUGUACUACAGCUUUCCCACUGUCAUGA